GUAGUACGAAACGAACAUGCAUACGAAAGUGUUGUACAUUUUUCUCCUCGUCAUUGGUGCUGCUUGCGCCCGCCAUCCUCCCUUUGGAAGAGAUGGGCCAAGAUUUGAACCAGCAGAUGAGAACCGCACCGAAGUAGCUCCAAACGAUAAAGAUACAAACUCAAAUUCAACUGAUGUAUCUCUGGAUCAAAUACUUGGAUUCUUAGGUUGGCACAAACCUAACCCACUGGUCCAGCUUUCGCGGGACGAAAGAGCCUUGACUGAAGAAUCUCGCCGUCACUCUUCACGCGAACGCCGUCCUUCUUCACGCGAACGCCGUCCUUCACUAGUCGGCAGCCGUUCUCUAACGCGCGAACGCCGUCCUUCACUAGUCGGCAGCCGUUCUCCAACACGCGAACGCCGUCCUUCACUAGUCGGCAGCCGUUCUCCAACACGCGGUGGUCGUCCUUCUCGUCCUGGCCUUAGUCAAUCACCUGGCCGCCCACAUCGCCGUCCUCCACAGGGCCUCCCACAUCGCCGUCCUUCACAGGGCCGCCCACAUCGCCGUCCUCCACAGGGCCUCCCACAUCGCCGUCCUUCACAGGGCCGCCCACAUCGCCGUCCUUCACAGGGCCGCCCACAUCGCCGUCCUUCACAGGGCCGCCCACAUCACCGUCCUUCACAGGGCCGCCCUCAUCAGAAACACCCAGGGAGCCCUCCUCAGCAUGGCCGCCCAAGUCACCGUCCUCAUCCUGGCCGCCCAAGUCACCGUCCUCAUCCUGGCCGCCCAACUCACCGUCCUCAUCCUGGCCGCCCAACUCACCGUCCUCAUACCCGCCCAACUCGCCGUCCAAGUAGUACUUCUACUUCACCUACUACUACCACAACCACUGAAAAAGACGUAAUCACGCAAGCCAUUGAUUCAAGCACCACUGAGUCGACAAGCAGUAGUAGCACUUCCACGACCGCCAGUACUACCUCUUCGACGACCAGCAGUACUACCCCUUCGACGACAAGCACUACUAAAUCUUCGACGACCAGCACUACUGGCUCAUCGACGACCAGCACUACUGAAGCUUCGACGGACGACAGUACUGAAUCUUCGACGACCGGCAGUACUACAUCUUCGUCGACCAGCAGUACUAGCCCUUCGACGACCAGCACUACUAGAUCUUCGACGACUAGCAGUACCAGACCUUCGACGACCAGCAGUACUACCCCUUCGACGAGAAGCACUACUAAAUCUUCGACGACCAGCACUACUGAAGGUUCGACGGACGACAGUACUGAAUCUUCGACGACCGACAGUACUACAUCUUCGUCGACCAGCAGUACUAGCCCUUCGACGACCAGCACUACUGAAGGUUCGACGGACGACAGUAUUGAAUCUUCGACGACCGACAGUACUACAUCUUCGUCGACCAGCAGUACUAGCCCUUCGACGACCACCACUACUAGAUCUUCGACGACCAGCAGUACCAGCCCUUCGACGACCAGCACUACUGGCUCAUCAACGACCACCACUACUGAAGCUUCGACGGACGACAGUACUACAUCUUCGGCGACCGACAGUACUACAUCUUCGUCGACCAGCAGUACUAGCCCUUCGACGACCACCACUACUAGAUCUUCGACGACCAGCAGUACCAGCCCUUCGACGACCACCACUGCUAGAUCUUCGACGACCAGCAGUACCAGCCCUUCGACGACCACCACUACUAGAUCUUCGACGACCAGCACUACUGGCUCAUCGACGACCAGUACUACUGAAGCUUCGGCGGACGACAGUACUGAAUCUUCGACGACCGACAGUACUACAUCUUCGUCGACUAGCAGUACUAGCCCUUCGACGACCAGCACUACUAGAUCUUCGACGACCAGCAGUACUAGCCCUUCAACAACCAGCACUACUGGCUCUUCGACGACCAGCACUACUGGCUCUUCAACAACCAGCACUACUGGCUCUUCAACAACCAGCACUACUGGCUCUUCGUCGACCAGCACUACAGAACCUUCAACGACCAGUAGCACUACUUCUUCGACAACCAGCACUACAGAACCUUCAACGACCAGUAGCACUACUUCUUCGACAACCAGCACUACAGAACCUUCAACGACCAGUAGCACUACUUCUUCGACAACCAGCACUACUGGCUCUUCGUCGACCAGCACUACAGAACCUUCAACGACCAGUAGCACUACUUCUUCGACAACCAGCACUACUGGCUCUUCGUCGACCAGCACUACAGAACCUUCAACGACCAGUAGCACUACUUCUUCGACAACCAGCACUACUGGCUCUUCGUCGACCAGCACUACAGAACCUUCAACGACCAGUAGCACUACUUCUUCGACAACCAGCACUACUGGCUCUUCGUCAACCAGCAGUACUACCUCUUCGACGACUACCACUACUGAGCGAAGCGGCCGAAACUCCCGUGACCUUAACGAUAUCGCGUGGAACAUGCUAAACCAAAACAACUUUUCGAUGCUGAUGAACUUCAAUCCUUUAGGCGACCUGGAGCCGGUGCUCGUGCAGGUUAACUUCAGCAAGGUGAUCCUAGUGCCGAAGAUUCCGCCACCACAGAAUCUCAGCACAUUGCCUGAUCUUCCUAGCCUUAAGAAGCACAUCGAGUACGCGAGAAACUUAACCACGCGUGCUCUUGGUGGUACAAAUGACUUGGUCGACGCUUUGCAAAAAGCAACUGAUAGUGCUAUCCACAGUAUCAACCCUGUAGAAUCCCUGUCUGCCAUGUUGAAACGGAUCCUGCGUAUCUACAACAACGUUGCUCUGACCUGUCCACUACACAGUGUGAAAAUGGCUGUGCUUCGGGACGGUCUGCUAAUUAUUGGAUCUGUCAUUAAGAGUGUGAUCUACGUUGCGGCGCAGGACAUACAAGACAUCAUAGCCAAUAGUUAAGACAUUAAAUUGUUACGGGGGAUGUAAUCGAUGUAUUUUCUAGAUGUAAAUAAUAUGAUAAUAAAUUAGUAUAGAAAGCAG